AGCCUGUGGUCUCUUUCCUUUUUGGAAUAGAAGAAAAAGAGCAGCUGAUUAAAACCAAAAAUGCAAUGGAUAGGAGUUCAAAAAAAAGGGGGGGGCAUCAUCAGUAUCACUCCAAAAAGACAAGAGCAGUAAACAGACAGAGAAAAAGAAAGAAAAAACCCCUGACACCCAAAGGUAAAACCAAAGAACAAAAACAAGCAGACAAUAGGGAAAGAGAGGAGAGAGAAAAAAAAAAGAAAAGCUGCAGAAGAAGAAAGCAGUUGAUGGAAAGGGACUUCAAUCUUCUGGGACAGUUAUCACAACUGAACAAGUCAGUUGUCAUACUUGAUGAGCAAGGGAGAGAAUUGGAGGAGAAAGAAAAGGAGCUGCAGAGGAAAAAGCUUGAACCAGAGAGAAGGGAGAAAGAAGUUCAGAACAGGGAAGAAGUGGCCAAUAAGGAGAAGCAGCAAAACAAGAGAGUCAAAAGUAGAACAACUGAUGAUUUACUCUUUGACAAAUUGAGAAGAAUGGCAGCAGGAACCUCAAACAGGAGUGAUGAUGAAGAUGGCGAGGACUAUGCGGAGGAAGAUUUUAGUAAUAGUAAGUUAAGACUUUUCUGUAUACUUUAGCAGAACUGGUGCAACAAAAAACAAAAAUGUGUUUUCACAUGUUGAUAAAAUUAGUUUUUGUGUUCCUUUUUCUCAGACCUUGAUGAUAGUGGUGUAGACUUGACAAGUGAUAUUGAUGUCGAAGAAGCAGCCACCUAUGUUAGACCAAUGCCUCACAUAUUUGACAGACCAACUGUUGGGAUGAAAAGGCCAAAGACAAAACCUCUGCAUAGUUCAACAUCGAACAAGUGCCCUAGAUUACAGAGUGAGCCAGACUGUGCCAGAUGCCACCAUCUUCUGGCAGAGAAAAAAGAAUUCAAACAAUCUAAUGCCUUACUCACAGAGCAACUCAAUCUGUGCAGGUUGGAAGGAGCAAAUGGAAUUCAACAAGGUGAAGCUCCAAGGCCAGGAAAAGUUUCCAGGGCAAUUGCUGAGAAUCAUCAGAUGAUAGAACUGUCCCCUGGAAAAUGGGUCUACGUCUAUGAGAGCCACAUCACAAAGGCGUUUUCCAAAAAAACAGCCUGCUUUUUGCUCAGCUGUUUGUAUCAGGAUGGUGAACUUAUUGGAAAAAGUCUAACUGGAAAGAAUGGGAAAGGAUGCAUUGAUGCAGACAUCCUGGAUAGUAUUAUGAGCUACACAAGGAAAAAAUUUCCAGAGAGUUCUGACAGCAUCAUCAAGAUCAGUUUAAGAAAUAAAAUUAUGUGCCUGGAAGCCAAGUCCAAGAGAAAAACAGCUGUGUAGACAGCUUGUAACUUUUUUAUAUUUUAACUUCUUUGUUUACAAAUUUUUGUAAUUUUCUACAUUUUA